UCUUCCAUCUUCAACACUACUUUCAUCGAGGAGUCGUUCACUCAAUCAUAAUGUGGUACACUACUAAUGUUUAUGUUAUUUGCGCCUUCGCCGCAAUAGGUAAGUAGUUCCUCUCGAUUGGAAGGCAAGAACAAUUAGUAAUAUCUACAGGCGGUGGCCUUUUCGGCUUCGACAUCUCUAGUAUGUCUGGUGUUCUUGGAACGCAAGCAUACGUUAGAUACUUUAAUAAUCCUCAGUCUUAUGGUCAAGGAGGUAUAACUUGCGCUAUGCCUGCUGGAUCUCUCAUCGGUGCUCUGUCCUCCUCCUUCAUCGCCGAUAAAUGGUCUAGGCGGGCAAGUAUUCAAAUCGCAUCAGUCAUUUGGAUUCUUGGCUCAAUGUAAGUUUCUACUUACAGCUAUCUAAACGAAACUAAUAGUCUGUACAGUAUUCAGUGUGCUUCAGUCAAUGUAGCCAUGUUGGUUGUUGGUCGAGUCAUUGCUGGUAUUUGUGUUGGUAUUGCUUCUUCGAUCUGUCCUGUCUAUCAGUCUGAGAUUGCACCAAAAGAAAUUAGAGGUAGAGUUGUCUCCCUUCAACAGUGGGCAAUUACAUGGGGUAUUCUCAUUCAGUACUUCAUUCAAUAUGGUGCUUCGACAAUUGGAGGUGGCGCGAACAAUCCAGUAAGUCCGAUGUCAUUUUGGAAGAGCUAGCUUACUAACAAAACUCUUUUCCACAGAACCAACCCACUUCUGCAUUUCGAAUUCCUUGGGGUAUACAAAUUGUUCCAGCAGUUAUUCUGUUCUUUGGCAUGUUCUUCUUACCAAAAUCUCCUAGAUGGUUGGCAUCCAAGGAUAGAUGGGAAGAAGCCAUUAAGGUCAUUGCGAACCUUCAUGGUGGCGGUGAUGUCAACCACCCAAAGGUUCUCGCCGAAUAUCGGGAGAUUGAGGAGGCACUUCGAUUCGAACGCGAGGAAGCUAUCAGCUCUUACAAGCAGCUUGUGGCCCCACGAAUGAUCAAGCGUGUUAUCUUGGGAAUGUCUAUCCAAAUGUGGUCUCAGCUUUGUGGAAUGAACAUCAUGAUGUACUACGUCGUCUGUGAGUAGUAAGGACCGGUAUGAUAGGAUAUGUCACUAACGAUUCUUUUAGACAUUAUGCAGGGUGCAAACAUUGCCAACCCCCUCGUCACCGCCUCAAUUCAGUACAUUCUAAAUGUGAUGUUGACUUUACCUGCAAUCAUCUAUCUUGAUCGCUUCGGACGUCGCCCGGCCAUGCUCAUUGGUUCCUUUCUCAUGAUGAGCUUUCUUUUCAUUGCUGGUGGACUCCAAGCAGGCUACGGCGAACCCAACAACACAGAUAGGACUCGGACUGAGCAGAACCAAAACCUUACAUGGGUUGUUCACGAUAAGAGAGGUGUAUCAUCUGCCAUCGUCGCUAUGACAUACCUAUUCGUUUGUGCAUUUGCAACAACCUGGGGACCAUCAUCGUGGACCUACCCAGCCGAAAUUUUCCCAAAUAAGAUUCGUGCAAAGGCUGUCUCUCUUGCAACCUCGUCCAAUUGGUUCUGGAAUUGCGUCCUCGCUUUCGCGGUUCCCCCUCUGUUGAAGAACAUUAACUGGAAGAUGUACAUGAUCUUUGCCACAUUCAACGGACUUGCUUUUAUCCACAUUUUCCUUACGGCACCCGAGACUAAAGGCAGAACACUCGAGGAAAUGGACGCCGUUUUUAAUAGCGGUUUGCACGCAUGGCAGUCCCUUCCAAAGGAGUCGAGAUUGGAUCAAUUAGCGAAGGACAUUGAAGCUGGAAAUCUCAAGGUUGUAGCUCCCGUCGGUGGUGCUGGUGAAGUUGGUGGAGUCAUUGAUGAAGAUAACAUUCAUCACAACGACGGUACACUUGCUUCAAAGCACGCUGAUCAUCAUCAUGGGACCACUGAUACACAGCACGGUCAUUAUCAAAAUGAUGAAAAGGACGCUGUUCGCGCGCACAACGCGGCAAUCUAACUAUAUGGCCAAACCUCACGAUACAUAAAAGGAUGAUUGCUAACCGCAUCUCUUCUCUUUCCUUUUGAAUACGCAGUGGUGGUCUUUAAUUAGUAAUAUAAUCUUCCAUAAGAAGAUUCCAUUCUUGGCCAAGAUUUAUGGAUUGUAGCAAGAUUUUUAGGGAGAAUCUAGGGCAGAAA